AUGAGCAUUGAAAUUGCAACCACGUUAACUUUAAACCAAUUUCAAACAGCAUUAGGGCUUAUUCUUAAUAUUGCUGGUUUAACAUGGACUUUUUUAUUGACUAAUGCCGUGAAAGUACGGAUGCUAAAUCAAUUUGUUAAUGAUCAUGAGGUACCUAUAUUGGAAGCUAUAGUACCAACUAACAUUAUGGAUGCGCAAAUAACAAAUGACUUUCAUAGAUCAGCGUACGGUUCUUAUGCAGAAGUAAGUACAAUGAUGCAGAGAAGAAAUAAGAGUGGCGUACCAGGUGAUAUAUUAGUAGGACAAAUUCCUUUAGACCCUCGUUGGAAAUUCAAUACUCGUCUUGAUGUUGAUCCUUACCCAUGGAGAAGCUCGUGUUCACUCUAUAGAUCUGGAGUGAUCCAAACAAAUAUGAACACUUCUGUUCUAAAUUUAGUACCUACUAUAAUCGAAGCAUUUCCAGAAGUACAUGCAGAGUAUAAAUUUCGUAAUAGUCCUGAUGGAUACAAUUAUACAAAAGAUAAUUAUGAAUCAUUUAAAUAUUAUAAUACAACCAAUAGUGAAGAAUAUCGAGCAAAUGGUGCUUUCAUAGUAAUGAUGGAAGAGUUUACACGAGGAAACGAUUCUGACAUAAUUGGAUUCGAGUACAUAAACAGACUAUGGACACUUAGGGUUCCUGAAGCAUUUAGAAUCCUUUAUAACCCAGAUAAUGUGACAGAAUUUGAAAUUAUAUUGGUACCUGUUGUUGUUAAGGCAUACACAUGUAAAGUAGAACGUGUUAAAGUGGGUCAAAACGGGAGUUAUAAUCUACUAGGACGCUUCAUAGACGCAGACGUUGAUGUAGCUGGCGUUCUAACUGGAAGAAUUUGGACUCUUGCUGUUAUAAACGGACAUGACACCUCGAUAUAUGAAUAUAAUCCAGACCACUGGUCAUCAUUUCUUUCUACGAAAGAUACUCAGACAGCAUCGAUUGAAAAUGUACCAGUACAAAUAACUACAUCAUGUAUUUCAAUACAUCCUGUCUAUUUUAUAUUGAUGGGUGCAUACAUAAUUAUGCUUAUUAUAGGAUGUUUAUUUCGACGAAAAAUUCGUAAGGGAGGAUUGAAGGCACCGGAUACUACUGUUGGAUGGGCAAUCCUUGCCUGUAAAGCAAAUGAUUACAGAAAUUUAUCUAAUUACAAGUUAAAGAAGGAGCUUACAGAUGAUG